AUGCGCUCCUCUGUGUCAACGACCAGCUUCUCCGGCGAUGGGGACGAUCGUGGCAGAGGCCGCUGUUGCGCCGCAAAGUCCUACUACGUGCCGCAAAGCACCCUCAGACGCGGCUUUCUGAAGCUGGAGUCUCGCUACUCCUCCGAUGCUCCAGGUGAUCUCCCUCCGAGUAUCAUCCUGGGCGCUUUGCGGCGAUUUGAUGCGGAGUUCCGGCCAGGGCGGAACGAGAUCGACCGCUUGAACCUUAUCGAGCAGCUCGCCCACUCCGAACGAGACAUCGGCAAAGUCAAGUGGAACUGCAAAGAGCUGUUACAGGCCUUCUUCGUGAAAAUGAACCCCUUCGAGCGGUUAUACUUUACGGUAGACGUGGGGGGCACCUCCAGCUUAUUGUCCAGAGCUGUCAGCGCCAUCAUGGUUGCAGCCAUCGUGAUUAGCAUUGCGAUCUGGAUGGCCGGAACCAUGGUCUCCUUCUCGGUAGUCCCUUGCACGGACUGCGAGCCCGAACCGCUGCCCUGGAUGCAAGUGGUCGACGAGACCUGCGUUGUCAUUUUUACCAUCGAGUUCCUGACAAGGAUGCUCACCGCCCCGUUCGCGCGAACCAAGCUGCUGAAUCGGCGAUUCCUGCUCGAAACUGUCUUUACCGUCAACGCGAAGACGGAGGAUGCUUCGGAACUCUCACAGGCAGAUCUAGGCAUCCAGUGGUCCAAGUUCGCCUCGAACUGGUGGAGCUUCUGGAAGCAGCCCGCUGCGAUCGUGGAUCUGUUCACAGUUCUGCCCUAUUGGAUUGAAGUGCCCGGGCAAAAGAUGAGCGCAAAGUCCAUUAGUUCUCCCGAACACCAAGAGAACGUCUUUGUUCAAGCCUUCCCGGCGUUUAUCCUCACUACGGCCUUGCUGGUCUUCGCACUGAUUGUUUUCAGCGCGCUUAUGUACACCGUGGAGCGGGGCGACUGGUACCCUGAGUCUGUAGUGAUGCGGAUGGAGACGACCCUCACGGCUUUGGCCGGCAGCCAGGGAGCUGCUGAGGCAAUCCUGCACGAAGCCAGGACGUCUGGUGGGGUGUUUAUCCGGACGCAAGGAGACGGGUUCGUCGACAUGAGCCCCUUCACGAGCAUUUUGUCUGCCUUCUGGUGGACCCUGGCGACCAUCACGACGGUCGGCUACGGUGACAACACUCCCAUCACAAUAGGAGGCAAGGUGGUUGGAUCGUUUGCCAUCCUCUAUGGCACGAUCUUGCUGGGCCUUCCCAUUGGCAUCAUCGGUUCGCAGUUCAGCACUGAGUUCGCGCGCAUGGUGGCCACAAAUCGGAUCCAUCGGUCCCGACAGGAGCGAAAUCACCAGAGGAAGGACGAGGCUGAACAGAGCCGCGGAAGAAGUGGGCUGAUGAGCAUGGAUGCAGGAGGUGCUGAGUCUGCGCAGACGAGCCCUACAACGUCUCCGUCCAAACUGAAGAAGAAGAUGUCGCACCGUGUUGUCGACACCUUCAAGAGAGUGGUCCGAACAAGCGGCAGCCGUGCUCCCAGGGGCGGCGAGCAGGUGGUCGCUGCGGCAGCGAAGCUGCACCGACUGCCCUUGAGACCGCGGCAGCGCGAGCAGCUAAUCUCGGCCAAGUACGCCUUCGAAGACCUGAUGAAGAUGCAUGGCGAAAGCCUUGGUAUCGCGCCGGAGACACAGCAGGCUUGGCUCGACUGCCUGUGGGCCACACAGUUCUGCGCGGGCCCUGACCUGGACAGAUUGUCUGCGAGGAUAUUGACCUUCCUUUCUGAUGCCGAGAUGCGGCGUGGAGGUGGUUAUGCUCAGCUGGUCCGCCUUGCUUGGUUUGACCUUUGCAUGGCCUGCUGCUCGGUCUCGGAGAAGACCUCGCAGAAGCGGCCGAGCGUGAAGUCGGAAAAUUCUGCGGACCAGAGUGUCUCGGACUCGGCGUCCCUCUCGGAUGGUAAUGAGCUCCAGGAGAGGGUCUGGCAACAACUGCGAGGUGCCCACGACGGCGCAGAAAAGUGCAAGGCGUCGCUGUAG